AUGAAUUUGGUUGAUGUAUACACAACUUCGGGUACAGUAAGAGGACACAGUAUAUCGGUUUUGGAUCAAACUAUCAAUGAAUUUCUUGCCAUACCUUACGCUGAGCCACCAGUGGGUGGACUCAGAUUUGAUAAACCGAAAGCAAUGGAAAAGCCAUUAAAACAUAUAAUAAAUGCAACUGUACCAGGUUAUUCAUGUAUGCAACCAAAUUUUAAAUUUUGGCCAGACCAAAUAGAUUUGGUACCCAAUGAGGAUUGUUUAGUAUUGAACAUAUGGGCACCGGGCAAAUUAGACACUCCAGCUAUUUUAAUCAAACCACAUAAGCCAGUAAUGGUAUGGUUCUAUGGGGGAGCAUUUACUAUUGGAUCCAUAUUUCAAUUGCCUCAAUAUAACGGAUCUGUUUUGGCCACUCAUGAUGUGGUUAUAGUUGCUGUCAAUUAUAGAGUCAAUGCUUUUGGUUUUAUCUAUACGACCGAUCCAUCGGCGUCGGGAAAUGUAGGCUUUUAUGACCAAUUAUUGGCAUUAAAAUGGGUUAAAGAAAAUAUCGCAAAAUUUGGCGGAGACUCUAAUCAAGUAACUAUAUUUGGCGAAAGCGCAGGUAGUUGGUCGGUAUCACUACACAUACUGUCCCCGUUGUCAAAGGGUUUAUUUCAUAGAGCUAUUUUAGAAAGUGCAUCAGCACUGGGAGAUAAAAAGAGACCAAUUGUUACCAAAAUGGAUGCGCUUAGCGUUACUAGAGAUUUAGCCAAAYAUUUUAAUUGUGGAGAUGAUAGCAAACAAUGGGUAUAUUGUUUGAGACGAGUGGACGCUAAAGAGAUAUUAAAAUUUCAAAGCUAUUCAACUAAAAUUGCAUAUUUUUGGAAUGCUAUUUAUGAAACCGAUAUAUUUCCAUAUACAGCUCAGGUAGCUUUUGAUAAACAACAAUUUAAUAAAGACAUAGAUAUCAUAGUCGGUGCCACUGAACUGGAAGGUUCAAGUUUGGCUUAUUAUGUAUUUCCUAUAUUACAAACAGAUAACGUCACCAAAGAUGUAUUCGUGGAUUUAGUCAAACAAACAAAAUUGACAUUUCAGUCAAUAAAUGUCUCAAAUAUUAUUGAAUAUUACUUGAGUGGUGUCGACAUCAAUAACUCGAGUGCCGUCAGACAUAAAUUCUUUGAAUAUUACGGCGAUGUACUCAUCACUUGUCCGGUAUAUCUAUUUGGUGAGACAUUUGCUAGUAAAGCACCGAUAGAUAAAAAUGUAUAUAUCUAUCAAUGGAAUUAUGGCUCAUCUGAUGGUGCUAUUGAUGAGAUAAUGGGUGUCACCCACGGAGCAGACCUACGCUAUGUAUUCGGUCGUCCGUUGGUUGAGAAAAACAAAAACUUUACAAAAACAGACAUUAAGUUUAGUAGAUAUGCUAUGAAAGUGUGGACUGAUUUUGCAAAAUAUGGCAAACCCGAAUCACGUGAUAAAUGGGCGCCAAUUGAUGUGAAUAAAGGCAUAAUUGGUAUCAAAGAAAUGAAUCCAAUAACUGGUAGUCAUAUGCUUAAGAAAAAUCCAUUUGCCGUCUCUUGUGAUCAAUUCUGGAGAAAUUACUAUUUAUAG